GUUACUUACCAGCAAAGAAAACCUGUUCCAAGUACUGCUUUUUUAGCACCAACGGUGGACGUGGUUAUUGAAGGCGACGAGGGGGAGCUUACGACCAUACAAUGGAAGAGAACGGACAUGAAAACUCCGUGCUUCGAGAGGUCGAAGAGAAAGCCAGAAGUAUUAUCCGGCUAUGUCCUCUCCAACACUGUUACUUGCAAGUUGGACCCUUUGCAAAAGGCGAUAGUUGAAUUCUCACUUGGUACGAGAGAUGAGAACGAUUCUACGGAAUUUGUGGAGACUGUGAAGUGCAAGGUGUGCCGGUUUCAUUUGCUGAGUUUGAAACGUACUGUAUGGCUGAAUCGUGUCAUUGUUGAGGCAUUUGGAUACUACCUCAACGACCUGAAGUUCACGAAGAAUGGGAAGCUGACAAAAUGCAUCUUCCCUAUGGUUUUUGCUGACAAGGCAACUGCUAAUUUUAAGAGUGGGGCAACAAUAACUGCAAGUCUCCGGAUGAGGCAUUUGCCACACUUGAUCGAGAUCCAGUAUUUGAAACUGCUGACUUUAAAGGAUUCAAUUAUGUGA